AUGGAAUCCCCCCUUCAGGACUCGUCCCAGUGCUCGCGGCACGCCCACUGCCUCCCGGACGGGGAGAGGAAGGAGACCCACUACACGCUGGAGGGGGCGCACGAGGUGUGGGCGGUGGAGAGGUGCAGGUGCGAGGGGGAGGGGGAGGCGGCCGGGUGCAGGCGCGUGCCGAGGCGCGUCACCUUCUUCCCCGACGGGCCGUUCCAGGUCACCAAGGACCUGGGGCAGUGCGUCGGUCACUGCCCGGGGAAAGGGAAAACGAGUCACUGUCAGGCAGAGAGGAACACGACCAUCCACCUCGACGGACCCAACGGUUCCGUCGGAGCGGAGGUGGUGGUGUCCUGCGCCUGCGAGUCCUCUUGCUACCGGAGCCCGCACUUCCACGUCCUCUACGACUACGCCAACUCCACCAGCGGGGAGCCUCUCGUCCGGGUCCGGAGAGGGGUCGUGCCUGCUGUCGUCCCGGUCGCGGGCGGGGCGGUGCGGGCCGCUCAUGUACCAGAGCUACGCCGUGGAGGACCGGUGGCGGAGGAGCAGGCAGGUCCUGGCGAAUCUUCACCUAUCACUAAUGCAAUGACUCAAGAAGAUCGAUCACAAAUCCAAAAUGAGGAUGAGAAGCCAAUUACUGGCUUAUGCAUUGUAGAAGAUGUAUCCAAGUGUCCCGAAUCAUAUCAUGUGAUUUCCAAAACUGUGGAUGGAGCUACUGCAGAUCUAUGGAAAGAUGGCUAUUUCCAGAAGAAAGUAAAGAGAUUCCUGUGUGUUUCAAAAAUUCCAAAUGCAUAUUUAGUGGAGUCCAUCAAGGUGAUUGGAGAUGGUGAAAACCCUCCAGGUGGUUAUACCAACAUAUCUGCAACAAAAGAUACAGGGCAGAAGGCCAUCCGCAAGAAGACUCUGUGUGUCCGGCAGCUCCCACAACAAAAUGCCACCCAGAUGAUCACGGAUGUGAUUCUCUUAAGUCGGGACAAUUCCAAACCACCUGAUGGAUAUUAUACUGCUGGCCUGCAUGGAAGUUCCCCCUUGUAUCCACACUUGAAUGGGUCACAAGGUUCUUCCUCACCCAACCCAGCAUCUCCCACCUUGCUAAAUGGUGGAUAUUUUCCUGCACGUCCUGCUCCACAACCUCCCCCACUUGCCAAUCGGGUCAAUCGCCCUGCAACUGGAACUCUUGGAGUCCUCACUGGCCUUGAGGGAGUGCCUUUUGUAUUUGGCUCAAAAUUGCAGACAAGGAGCAAUAUUUCCACGGUCAACCUGCCAAGGUUGAAGUCUUGGAAUCGAGAGACUGCCCUUGCUGAGGUCAUGGACAAAGCCACGAGACCAGGGUAUAUUUAUGCAGUAGAUUGUGAUGUGGUCAAUCAUGGGAUACCCUAUGGUGACAACUUCUAUGUUUUUGUGCACUUCUGCAUGACCCGUGUAUCGGCAUCUGAAUGCCGGAUCAUCCUCUAUGGCCAAGUCAAGUACCGGAAGUCCACAUGGGGAUUAAUCAAGAAUUUCAUUGAGAAGAAUACAUAUUCUGGAAUGGAAGAAUAUUAUGGAAAGCUGGCUUCAGAGUUGUUACGGGUUACUGGAGAGCAAAUAGGUGGAAACAAACGGGUGAGGGGGAGACGAACAUCCAUGCGCAAGACUUAUGAGUCAGGAGUCAUUGAAAGCUCUGAUUCCCCACUCACUCAAGUGCCACCACAUCCACGACUGAGUCUUGGGAAAAUAGUUCCAAUGAUACCACAAAGCCAGGAGGGGCUCCUCAGUGGCCUCUCGAUCUUGUCUUCAUCUGGUCUCCUGAAACUGAUAGCCAUUCUUCUCAUAGGGCUCCUCAUCUCCAAUGUGUAUCUUUUCUACCAACUGAGAAGUCUAGAGGACCAGGCAUCUCUUUUCCAAAGACCUGUUAUUACCUUCCAGAGGAUGCCAGCAUCAGAUGCAGAGUGGGUUGAGGCUCUGAAGCAGCAAGAAAAAUUGCAUCAGGCAGAGGUCUCUCAAUGGAAAGAUAUAAUCUCAAUGGCCACAGCUCUUCUCAAGAAGGCAGAGACAUCCAUGGAACUGUUGCAACAACAACUGAGAGAUCGCCCUCUGCACACCAACACUCCAGAGAGAUGAGACAUUGAUGUCUGCUCUAUUCUUGCCACCUGUGAUACAUUUAGAAAGGACUUUGUUCAUCUUUUUUUGGUCAUCUAACAUUUGUCAUUCUUCCAGGUUUUCCUUUUUCCUGCCGGUUCAUUCCAGCCUUUUUUCCGGUGGAAAAAUCGAACACGUUCAUCCCCAGUUUCAUCCUCUCACCCCAUUUCAUGCUUCCUGUCUGCAUGGUUGUGUGUUUUGAUCAGAGGGUUGAUUGUUUCCUGCAGGCAGUCAUCAUCAGAAGGAUUUUCUAGUCAUGAACUUGGUAAAGAAGGUGGCCACGUGCAAUUUGUCUCCCUUUUAUGUCCCUGUGGUUCAUUUGUGAUAACAUUAUCCUCACAGUAAUUUCUUGAGAGGAAUGUAUUGACAUUUUAGAAGUUUAAAAAUGAUUAGACAUUCUUUGCAUCUGUUUACCUUGGACCAAACAGGCGAAGGAAUCACUUGAGGGUUCUCUUUGUAUUUGAGGCAUUGUUUUUAGGUAUCAAGGGAGAACUGGAAACAGGGAACCUGGAGAUUUGACCAUGAGGGUCAUAUAUAAAUGUGGUUACUAGUUUCUUACAGAGGGUUUAUUCUUCUUCAUUAGACAGAUCAUAUUUACCCCUGGGUAUCAUAACUUCUUGGAGGUGUUUAUUUUGAGGAUUUGAGAACAAGAGAAAAAAACAUUGCCUACAUUGUUGAAAGCCUAUAGAGAUUUUUCCCAUCAAAUGUCUAUGGGGAAGGGAAAGCUCCACUGUUUGCUGCACCUUCCUCCUUCAACAUGGUGCACGUUUUCUCUCACAAAUAUAUAUUGAUAGAAUAUGAAUGACAGAAACCUAGUCCCUUGCCUUGCAAGUGUCAGGUUUUAAAAUCUUGAAGCUAUACUUGGUGAAUCCUUUUAUGAUUGUCCCUCUUCAAAUCCCUUGUCCCUUGUACUGGUCCUAGAAGACCAAGACUUUGCAUCUAGGAGGCACAUAUCGGAUAAGAUUGCAUGCAAACUUUCUCCCCAAGUCUUCCCGUGGAAGGGUCAUUUCCUAGACUGUCACCAAACAUCCAGUUGAUGGAUGGACAGGUAGCACAAAUCGGAAUGAACCUCAUUGUCAAAUUAAUUUUGCAUAAUGGUACCUUGGAUUCAGGGAUGGAGUUUCAUUUCGUAGGUUUUUUUUUCCCUCCCCCCCCAUAUGUGGGUCAUUCAUCAUUCUCUCCUCAGGAAGAGUGGUCUAGUUGGUUACCAUGAAUUGACCCUUUGAGGUUCCUUUUUAUGAAAUGUCCGUGGUUUGUAUUCUGGCCAAGAUAGGGGUUCAGACAUCUCUAGGACUGAUUUUAUUGUAUUGCCCAAUAGGAUUAUGAUGAUUUUGUGAAAUGACGAUUAUGGCAAAAAAUCACAAGGGAAUCAUGUAUGGGAAGGCAGUGCUGCCUGUGUUUUGGAGGUACCUGAGGGAUGACCUUAUGUUAUUGCCAAAAGUAUUUAAAGAAAAUAUUUGUGCAUUGUCAUGGCCCUGAGCUGCUGUGAAGCUGGACCAAGACAAAGGAAGGGAGAAAUAUAGCACAUGGUUUAUUUCCUCAA